UCUGUGUGUGUAUGCGUUGCUGUGCUCUCCAUCUCAUUCUUGAGAUGCAGCGGCAGCGGCAUCGGGAGAGUUCUUUGGUCUAUCCUCUGUUCCAUUAGCGACGUCGUACUCUCCAUUAAGACUCCUCUCCUAAACUACGAUUUCCGCUGCGUUUGAUCGCCUUUAUUCCAACGUUGUGUUACCGGCAUUUCCGUCUGUCGUCAGUUCGUUAUCGUUUGUGAGAGGCACGCAUGCAUUUCGGAUUGAUGUGAUUUUCCUCUUUGCCGUUGUACAGGCCUUUUAUGCGUGUAGCCUGAGCUCGCUCCUCUGUAAGUUACGGUGAGUUUUUUUGAUGAGAAGUCAGUUCUUCGGUGAUUUGAGACUAAGUGUUUGAACUUGUUCGUACCAGAUGCAGGCAGCAUUUCAGUGUUGAAGAGGAUGGUGUAAGCUGCUUGUCCCUGCAGGAUUUAUCUGUUCUAGAUCCUUGAGGGGAACGAAGGAAUGCUACGAAGCCAUGGCGAAGUCAGAGCGCUCUCAAACGAUGAGGUUGAAACCAUCAAAAGAUUGUUUCAGUUUUUUGAUGUCGAGGUCCCUCUUGAUUCUUUUCAUUACAAACUGCAAAGGUGCGCUGGUUCAAGCUGCGAUGUAUCCAGCAGUGUUUACAUUCGGUGACUCACUUGUAGAUAACGGAAACAAUAACUAUUUGGCGUCACUAGCUCGAGCUAAUUUUCCACCGAAUGGAUGUGACUAUGGAAGCGGAAUUGCCACUGGACGUUUUUGCAAUGGAUUUACAUUGUCGGACUACAUUGGUUUAUUUAUGGGAAUUGAUCCUCCACCCGCAUAUUUUGACCAUCUUACUUUCAAUCUCGAUAUUAAAAAGGGAGUCAAUUUUGCUUCCGGAGCUGGUGGAAUCUUGGAUGAAUCUGGAUAUAAUUAUCUGGAGCGGAUACCAAUGUCUCAGCAAAUUGAAUAUUUUGCAUUGGUUAAAGAAACAUUGACACAAGAGAUUGGGAAUGUCACAGUGGAUUCAUUGUUCAUGAAUUCUUUGUGUAUAAUAGUGUUGGGAUCCAAUGAUUACAUCAACAAUUACAUGCUUCAGGGAUCUGUAGCACGUUCCAUGUUUACUCCUGAUGAAUAUGCAGAUCUCCUUAUAUCUACUUAUUCUCAACACAUUCUGAAAUUAUAUAACAUUGGAGCAAGAAAAGUCUUGAUAACUUCUGCUGGACCUCUUGGUUGUUUACCAUAUGAAAUGUGGCAAAUGGGUAUCAAGAAUGGUGAAUGCUCUGAUGAAGUUAACAAGUGGGUGCAAAUAUACAAUGAAAAACUUCUAUUAUUCAUACAAGAUAUGCCUCAACAAAUACCAGAUCUUUAUCUUCUCUAUGGAAAUGCAUUUGACAAAGUUUAUGCUUACAUUCAAACACCUCAUGAAUAUGGUUUUCAAUAUGCCAAUGUAUCAUGUUGUGGUGGAGGAAUGUAUGGUGCUGAAGCUCCUUGUAUGCCAACAACCUCCUAUUGCAAUAACAGAUCUGAGUAUGUCUUUUGGGACAGAUUCCAUCCCUCCGAUAGGUGUAAUUUAUUAAUCAGCAGCUAUUUUGUUUCUGGUGCUGCUCCUGACAUUCUUCCCAUGAACCUUUUAGAAUUAGCUAUUAAAUAGAUACAGCUUCCAAGGCUCCAUUCUUAAUGAGAAGAAUAACACUGUAUAUGUCAGAAUAUUGAAGGUUUUAUACAUUCUUUUAAAAAUAAAAUAAAAUAAAAACUUCAAUAACAAUAGUAUCUUUUGUUUUGUUCUUUUUCAUUCUCUUGCAAGUUUCUAAGAAAUUAGCAACGAAAGUAAAUAAAUAAAUGAAUAAAUAA